AUGGCAAAAAGAGUUAUUUCAACUAGCGAAGCUACUGAACAUGUCGCUAAGAAGGCCACCAAACCAAAAUCACAUAUUUUAAAUACCCAAGAUGAUUAUAAGUCAUUAUUUCUAUCUGUGCAACCAUUGGAUAUCUUCUGUUGGGGAAGUGGCUCCAUGUGUGAAUUAGGUUUAGGCAAAUUGGCCAAAAAUAAAGAAGUUAAGAGACCAAGAUUAAAUCCUUUCUUACCUCGUGAUGAAGCUAAAAUUAUCUCAUUUACUGCGGGUGGUAUGCACACAUUGGCCCUUGAUUCAAACAAUGACAUCUGGUCUUGGGGUUGCAAUGAUGUCGGUGCGUUAGGCAGAGAUACUUCAGAUUCUAAAGAAACUUUAAAAGAUAUUGAUGAUGUUGAUUCAAGUGAUGAUGACGAUGGCGAUUUGAACGAAGCAGAAUCCACACCUGCUAAAAUUCCAAGAGAAUCUUUCCCACCGUUAGCUGAAGGUCAUAAAAUCGUCCAAUUAGCUGCUACUGAUAAUUUAAGUGCUGCUCUAUUUAGCAAUGGUGAAGUUUACGCCUGGGGCACCUUCCGUUGUAAUGAAGGUAUCUUAGGUUUUUAUCAAGAAGAUAUCAAGAUUCAAAGAACGCCGUGGAAAGUUCCAAAGUUUUCAAAGUAUAAAAUUGUUCAACUAGCACCAGGUAAGGACCAUAUUUUAUUCUUAGAUGAAGAAGGUAUUGUUUUUGCUUGGGGUAAUGGUCAACAAAACCAACUGGGUAGAAAGGUCCUAGAAAGAUAUCGUUUAAAGACCUUGGAUCCAAGACCAUUUGGUCUAAGACACAUUAAAUUCAUUGCAUCAGGUGAAAACCAUUCUUUUGCUAUCAAUAAAGAUGGAAAAUUAGUUAGUUGGGGUUUAAACCAAUUCGGUCAAUGCGGUGUUUCUGAAAGCAUCGAAGAUGGUGGAAUGGUUGACAAGCCAAAGAAAGUUUUGAUUCCAGAUGGAUUGUCUAUAAAGACUAUUGCUGCAGGUGAACAUCACUCCUUAGUUUUAACUCAGGACGGUGACUUGUAUUCUUUCGGUAGACUAGAUAUGAUGGAAGUUGGUAUUGCCAAAGACAAACUACCAGAAUAUGUGUAUAAGGACGAACAUGGAAAGGCACGUUCAAUUCCGCUUCCAACUAAGUUGGAAUCUGUUCCAAAAUUUAAAAAUAUUGCUGCUGGCUCUCACCAUUCCCUUGCUGUUGCUAAGAAUGGUAUCGCAUACUCAUGGGGUUUUGGUGAAACAUACGCUGUUGGUUUAGGUCCAGCCGGCGAGGAUGUCGAAGUUCCAACAAGAAUUAAGAACACAGCCACUCAAGAACAUAACAUCGUAUUGGUCGGUUGUGGUGGCCAAUUCUCUAUUUCUGGUGGUGUCAAACUCUCUGAAGAAGAUUCUGAAAAGAGAGCCGAUGAAAUGGAUGAUUAA